UGACAUUGUUAAUGUAAAAAUGUCAUUUUUUUAAACUUCGUUUACCAUAACGGUGGAAUCGGCCCUUACUCCUGCCAUUAAUUCAGUUUAUAUAUCCCAUCGUCUAGAUGGGACUCGAGCGCUACGAGUUGGGUCUUCGUCUAAUUACUGUUCCGCCAUGAUCGGUGUUUUAAAUACGUUUCAUAGUCAGCCAGCGACGUGAUAAUAAAAUUAAUAUUGUUUUCAGUAACUUCUCUUUUCUACCCUCUUAUAAUAGUACGUCACUGGAAACCGGAAACACUACGCCGCCUUAUGAUUCCAAAGUUGACAUUUUAUUUGAUAUAUGACAGCCGGACAUCGGCGCCACCUAACGGUCUUUUUGACAAAGUCACUUCUUUUGACCACGUUUUUCUGAACUCAGAUUGUCGUAAAUAAAACAUGGGUCGCGUACGUACCAAAACCGUGAAGAAAGCUUCCAAAGUUAUCAUUGAAAAAUAUUACACCCGCUUAACUUUGGAUUUUCACACAAAUAAGCGCAUUUGUGAAGAAAUAGCAAUCAUUCCCACAAAGCCCCUGCGCAACAAAAUAGCCGGAUUUGUUACACAUUUGAUGAAACGUCUUAGGCACUCACAAGUGCGUGGAAUUUCUAUCAAAUUGCAAGAAGAGGAGCGUGAAAGACGUGAUAACUACGUACCAGAAGUAUCUGCUUUGGAGCAUGAUAUUAUUGAAGUUGACCCAGAGACUAAAGAAAUGUUGAAAAUGUUGGACUUCAACAACAUUAGUGGACUUCAAUUGACUCAACCAUCCACCAACACAUUCAAUAGACGUCAAUAAGAUGUACUAUGUUUUUUUUAUUGACUAUUUAAAUAAAAAUAAUAUAAAAUAGAAAAUUGGUGAAAAAAUUGUUUUUUAUUAUCUUUGGUAUGGUUCCAACUAAAUCAAUACAGAUUAUGUAAGUAAAUAAAUAA